GCCCGCGCCAUGUACCGGAAAAGAGAAGUUUACUCAGUGGAGCUCGGUGGAAUCAAAGACAUUAAGAAAACAGACAAGGAGGAUGGCAAGGAGAAGUCCAGGGGCCUGAAAAACAAGUGCUUGGAACGCAAAAACAACCACCAGAAAGAGGAGCUUAAGAAAGAACUUGAUAUGGAUGACCACAAACUCAGCAAAGAGGAACUGGAGACAAAAUAUGGUACAAACAUCAUUACGGGUCUUUCCAGUGCCCGGGCUGCUGAACUGCUGGCUCAGCACGGGCCCAACAGCCUCACGCCCCCCAAGGAAACCCCAGAGAUCAUCAAGUUCCUCAAGCAGAUGGUGGGGGGCUUCUCCAUCCUCCUGUGGAUAGGAGCCAUCCUGUGCUGGAUCGCGUAUGGAAUUCAGUAUUCCCAUGAUCAGUCCUCCUCCCUGGACAACGUGUACUUGGGCUCUGUGCUUGCCCUGGUCGUCAUUCUAACCGGGGUCUUUGCUUAUUACCAAGAGGCGAAGAGCACCAACAUCAUGUCCAGUUUCCAAAAGAUGAUCCCGCAGCAAGCGCUUGUCAUUCGAGACUCAGAGAAGAAGAUAAUUCCUGCUGACCAGCUGGUGGUGGGAGACAUAGUGGAAAUUAAAGGCGGAGACCAGGUCCCUGCGGAUGUCAGGUUACUGUCCACUCAGGGGUGUAAGGUGGACAACUCAUCUGUCACUGGGGAGUCAGAGCCCCAGGCCCGCUCCUGUGAGUUCACACAUGAAAGUCCCCUGGAGACCAAGAACAUCGCCUUCUUCUCCACGACCUGUCUGGAAGGCACAGCGACUGCCAUGGUCAUCAGCACGGGUGACCGCACCAUCAUUGGGCAGAUUGCCUCGCUGGCUUCAAGAGUUGAGGACUCGAAGACGCCCAUUGCCAUUGAGAUCGAGCACUUUGUUCAUAUCGUGGCGGGAGUGGCGGUCUCCAUCGGCAUCAUUUUCUUCAUCAUCGCGGUGUCCAUGAAGUAUCAUGUCCUGGACUCCAUCAUCUUCCUCAUUGGCAUCAUUGUGGCCAAUGUGCCUGAGGGUCUCCUGGCCACUGUCACUGUGACUCUGUCACUGACAGCAAAACGAAUGGCCAAGAAGAACUGCCUUGUGAAGAACCUGGAGGCAGUGGAGACUCUUGGCUCCACCUCCAUCAUCUGCUCAGACAAGACCGGGACCCUGACCCAGAACAGGAUGACAGUGGCCCAUCUGUGGUUCGACCACCAGAUCUUCGUGGCGGACACUAGUGAAAACCAUUCAAAUCAAGUCUUUGAUCAAAGCUCUGCAACCUGGGCCUCCCUGUCAAAGAUCAUAACGCUGUGUAACCGCGCUGAGUUCAGACCUGGACAGGAGAGCGUCCCUAUCAUGAAGAAAAUUGUGGUUGGAGAUGCCUCAGAAACUGCUCUUUUGAAGUUCUCAGAGGUCAUGCUGGGUAACGUGAUGGAUAUUAGAAAAAGAAACCGCAAAGUAGCUGAAAUCCCUUUUAACUCGACCAACAAAUUUCAGCUCUCCAUCCACGAGACCGAGGACCCAGACGACAAGCGCUUCCUCAUGGUGAUGAAAGGGGCCCCCGAGCGGAUCCUGGAGAAGUGCAGCACCAUCAUGGUCAACGGGCAGGAGCAGCCCCUGGACAGCAGCACGGCCGAGGCCUUCCACACGGCCUACAUGGAGCUGGGCGGCAUAGGGGAGCGCGUGCUGGGUUUCUGUCACCUCUACCUGCCGACAGACGAGUUUCCAGAAACGUAUUCAUUUGAUGUAGAAACAAUGAACUUCCCUACUUCCAACUUCUGCUUUGUGGGCCUCUUGUCAAUGAUUGACCCGCCUCGGUCCACAGUACCUGAUGCUGUCACCAAGUGCCGGAGCGCAGGGAUCAAGGUUAUCAUGGUUACAGGCGAUCAUCCAAUCACAGCCAAAGCUAUUGCCAAGAGCGUCGGCAUCAUUUCCGCCAACAGUGAGACAGUGGAAGACAUUGCCAAACGCCUCAACCUUCCUGUGGAGCAAGUUAACAAGCAGGAUGCUAAGGCUGCUGUGGUGACCGGCAUGGAGCUGAAGGACAUGAGCCCGGAACAGCUAGAUGAGAUCUUAGCCAACCACUCGGAGAUCAUCUUUGCCCGGACAUCCCCCCAGCAGAAGCUGAUCAUUGUGGAGGGCUGUCAGAGGCAGGAUGCUGUGGUCGCUGUGACCGGGGAUGGAGUUAAUGACUCCCCAGCUCUGAAGAAGGCAGACAUUGGGAUCGCCAUGGGAAUAGCAGGUUCUGAUGCAGCCAGAAAUGCAGCUGACAUGGUCUUGUUGGACGACAACUUCGCGUCCAUCGUCACAGGGGUGGAGGAAGGUCGCCUGAUCUUUGACAACCUAAAGAAGACAAUCGCGUACACGCUGACCAAGAACAUCGCCGAGUUGUGCCCCUUUCUCAUCUACAUCAUUGCUGGGCUUCCCCUGCCCAUUGGCACCAUUACUAUCUUGUUCAUCGACUUGGGCACAGACAUAAUUCCCUCCAUCGCCCUGGCUUACGAGAAAGCCGAAAGCGACAUUAUGAACAGGAAGCCUCGCCACAAGAAGAAGGACAGGCUGGUGAACGCGCCACUUGCCCUGUACUCCUACCUGCACAUUGGCCUCAUGCAGGCCCUGGGGGCCUUCGUUACGUAUUUCACCGUGUACGCGCAGCAUGGCUUUCUACCCAGCACUAUCCUCAACCUGCGGGUGGAGUGGGAGAACGACAAUGUGAAUGACCUGGAAGACAGCUACGGACAGGAAUGGACAAGGUACCAGAGGAAAUACCUAGAAUGGACGGGCUACACAGCAUUCUUUGUCAGCAUCAUGAUUCAGCAAAUAGCAGAUCUGAUCAUCAGGAAAACCCGGAGGAAUUCCAUCUUCCAGCAAGGCCUCUUCAGAAAUAAAAUCAUCUGGGUGGGGAUUGCCUCACAGAUUAUCAUCGCAUUAAUCCUCUCCUAUGGCCUCGGAAGCAUCCAGGCCCUGAAUUUUACGAUGAUCCGGCCUCAGUACUGGUUUGUGGCUGUGCCACACGCAGUUCUGAUUUGGGUGUAUGAUGAGGUGCGGAAGCUUUUCAUCAGACUCUUCCCUGGAAGCUGGUGGGAUAAGAACAUGUAUUAUUAAGACACCCGCUUCCCAAGCUCCGGCAGCUGCACAUGGCGAUGUUCUUCACCUUCUGGUGCCAGCUGGGCGACUGCUGCCAUGGGGAUGUCGUCGGAAUGUGUUCAAGAAGAGACAGAACUGUAGGAAAGCACUCACUAAUAUUUUGUAAUUUAAAACAGAGAUUCCAGUGUUUAUAUGUGAUUUUAAUUUAUAUAUCAAUGUCCUUAUUUAAAAAUACAUGAAUUUCAAGGUAAUGGUGUAGGGAAGAAUAGCGUGUUUAAAUGUCUGUAGAGCUCAUUCAUGUUAAACAAUGUCAGGUAAUCCAGACAUCUGCUGGAUUAAGGGUCUCCCUGCCCCUUAAGCUCUAGAUAGCACUGCUCACAACUCCAUUCCACACUCUACUAAAAAUCCAGCACCCUCCCUUCCUGUGAAUUCCCAGAGAAUCAUUAUUUCACAGUCACGUUGCUCAGAAAAGGCUAGUUCAGCUAGAGGUUUGCAAAAGGGUGAAGUGACGGCAGGUUUACAUCACAGUAACUUGGAAGACCUCAGUUUGACCCUGAGACAUCCUUAAGAGUCCUCAUCCCACCUGUCAGCUCCUCACAAUCCUUCACUGCCCUCCCUCCUCCAUGCUACCCUCCACCGACCACCAGUUCCAGAAUGGAGCUCCAGGUGCUCUCCUGACCCAAGGAGGUUUUCAUUUACCAGGAUUGAACCUCAGUGGAGGAACCUUGUGGUUUAACACAUAAUAUUUAUUCUUUGUUAGACAGUUCAUAGCACUCUGCAACACCAGUUUUUUGUUUCAUGCUGUAAGUUUGUUUAUUCGUGUGUAACAUAUGUGACUACACCCAUAUUAGUAUCCCUGAGAGGCCUCAUUUUUAAGUAAAAGAUCUUUUAUAAAACAA